UCGGCCUGCUCCCCGGCCGGGGCCGAAAUCGACCUAGUGAGUCCCUCGCGGGCGAACCAGGCCACAACAGAUAGUAGGCGGGUGGUGUCCCAAGGUGCAACUCACCGCCGCGCUGGCUCAGCGUGGCGGUGAGGAUGCGCAGACGGUGGUAGUGGCGAGAGGUGUGUAUGGACAUUGUUCCCGCGGCAGUAAUGCAAAGCGGCAAACUGCACCUGGCAACCACCGUCGCGGAAAGCGUGGCCCACGAAGCUGGAGGAGUAGAGAGAUUCGUAAACACCACGUCAGUAAGCACCGCUCACGGGAGAAGGGAGACAACCGCGGGCACCGCGAGGAGGGAGUGCUGCACCCUCCUCGUCAAAACACCACAGGCAAGAACCGAGCUCUGCAGAGAUGAACUGAUGCGAGGAAAUUCGCCGCUCGGAAAAUACGGAAGAAAGGACACCCGCAACGCGAGGUGGACCGAGGGAGACACGAGACCGCAGCGGCCGUCAGGGCGGAUGCGAAGAAGAAAUCACGAGAGGGCGACCUAUCGUUCGGCACAAUCAACGGACGCACGCUCGCCUACAGCGGACUUCAGGAGACCCGACGAGAGGGGCAAGGUUCAAUUGCACACGACGGCGAUCAAGGAGGCCAUGUGGGAGAGUGUGGGCGAGGAAGGUAGGACGGUGGAGUGCAUUAGCCCGAGGCUGAUGAAGGUGCGUCUACAAAUUGGCCGCACCUGCGGAGUAACUUUCGUGGUGGGGUACGCCCCCACGGAAACUGUCCGCACCACCGCGGGCGGUGAUGUUAACGCCAAGGACUCCUUCUGGACUGCUCUCGACGCAGCGAUCCGGGAGGUUCACAGCCGUGACCAUCUCGUGGUGCUAAUGGACGCCAACGCACGUACUGGUAGGAGGCGAGACGGGUGCUGCGAUGCCAAGAUUAUGGGCGCGUACGGACGCGAGAUCAUGAACAACAAUGGGGAACGACUCCUUGGACUGGCAUCAGACAACCAACUCGCCCUGACCAAUACCUACUUCCGAACACCGAAAGGUGGAGGGCAGCAUACAUUCCAGAGCUCCAACAAGGGGAAGGACAAGUACCGCCUCGACUUCAUCCUCAUGAGUCAGACGGCCCGGCGUUUCGUGCCUAAUGUCUCCGUCAAACGUGUCGACUUCAAAGACUCUGACCACAACCUCGUGCUUACGACUGUCCGCCUCCCCCCCCGUGUCACACCCAACCGACGAGUGCGGGGGAACAGCGGAAUCAGCCGGAUCCGUAUCGACCUCGAGCGGUUGAGGUAG